CAAGCAGGAGUCUCCUUCAAGAAGUGAAAAAACGUGUCACGCUGCUUUUGUUCAAUCAUUUAAAGAAAAAUAAGCGAACUGUUGUAAAGUAGUGAAUAGUUGAAUCAACCGGCAUACAAUAUAUUCUUGACGAAAAAGCAGAAUGUUCCGCCUACCGACAGUGCUACGUUGUGCCGCCGCUCGCCAGGUCGCAGCCGGUUAUCGAGGUUAUGCCAAAGAUGUUCGCUUUGGGCCGGAAGUACGGGCUUUGAUGCUUCAGGGUGUUGAUGUACUGGCCGAUGCAGUUGCUGUGACGCUGGGUCCAAAGGGUCGCAAUGUAAUUCUAGAGCAAAGUUGGGGUUCUCCGAAAAUCACCAAGGACGGUGUCACCGUUGCCAAGGGUAUCGAAUUGAAGUGUAAAUUCCAGAACAUUGGUGCUCGCUUAGUUCAAGAUGUGGCCAACAACACCAACGAGGAAGCUGGCGACGGUACGACCACGGCUACGGUUUUGGCCAGAGCCAUUGCCAAGGAGGGUUUCGAAAAGAUCUCGAAAGGUGCCAAUCCAGUGGAGAUCCGUCGCGGUGUGAUGGUGGCCGUCGAUGCCGUUAAGGAUCAGCUGAAGGCGAUGUCCCGCACGGUGACGACGCCGGAAGAGAUAGCACAGGUAGCCACCAUUUCGGCUAACGGUGAUCGAGCCAUUGGAGAUUUGAUUAGUGAAGCGAUGAAGCGUGUCGGAAAGGAUGGCGUCAUUACCGUGAAGGACGGCAAGACGCUAAACGAUGAGCUGGAAAUCAUCGAGGGAAUGAAGUUUGACCGCGGUUACAUUUCGCCAUAUUUUAUCAAUUCGAGCAAGGGAGCUAAAGUCGAAUUCCAGGAUGCGCUUGUUUUGUUUUCGGAGAAAAAAAUCUCUACCGUUCAGUCGAUUAUUCCGGCCCUGGAAUUGGCUAACGGACAGCGCAAACCGUUGGUAAUUAUUGCCGAGGAUAUCGAUGGGGAAGCGCUCAGUACGUUGGUUGUGAACCGACUGAAAAUUGGACUGCAGGUUGCAGCCGUAAAAGCACCCGGUUUCGGAGACAACCGCAAGAGCACUCUGUCCGAUAUGGCCAUCAGCACAGGUGGAAUCGUUUUCGGUGAUGACGCCAAUCUGGUCAAGUUGGAAGACGUACAACUUUCGGAUCUGGGACAGGUCGGCGAAAUUACCAUCACCAAAGAUGAUUGUUUGUUGCUGAAAGGCAAAGGCAGUGCCGAUCACGUUGCAGCUCGCGUCGAACAAAUCCGCGAUCAAAUCUCCGAGACAACGUCCGAGUACGAGAAGGAAAAGCUGCAGGAACGUUUGGCACGGCUGUCUUCCGGUGUUGCGUUGCUGAAAGUUGGCGGAUCAAGCGAAGUCGAAGUCAACGAGAAAAAGGAUCGGGUAAACGAUGCUCUGUGCGCUACCCGGGCUGCCGUCGAGGAAGGUAUCGUUCCCGGAGGUGGUACUGCUCUGUUGCGUUGCAUCGCUAGUCUCGAAGGUUUGACGGCUGCCAACGAUGACCAGAAGGCCGGAAUCGAUAUUGUGCGACGGGCUUUACGUCAACCGUGCACACAGAUUGCCAAGAACGCUGGAAUGGAUGGAGCGGUGGUCGUUGCCAAGGUGUUGGAUCUGCAGGGUGACUUCGGGUACGAUGCACUGAACAGCGAGUAUGUCAACAUGAUCGAACGGGGCAUCAUCGAUCCGACGAAAGUCGUACGAACAGCUCUUACUGAUGCCUCCGGAGUGGCCUCGCUACUUUCCACUGCCGAAUGUGUUGUGACGGAAGAACCCAAAGCGGAAGGUGCCGGUGCCAUGCCUGGUAUGGGUGGUAUGGGUGGAAUGGGUGGUAUGGGCGGUAUGGGCGGAAUGAUGUAAUGCGGCCUGGCACUAAACUCCGAUCGAUUGUAACUUUAAAGACUAUUUAUGUGUUUAAGUCAUUUGAACCAGUGAAGCUACCGGAAAGGAUUUCCACGGAAAGCAAAACCUAGCAAGUUGAAAACUUUUCCCCGCUAUCCUUUCGGGUACCUUCGCCGACCAACGGAACCGCAUUUAACAGAGUAGUAACUUGUUUGAAUAUCUCUCGAGCAUUUUACACGAAACGAUGCAGAACGUAAAUCACGUUACACUAGUUAAUAAGAAUAAGCCAAUCUUCCUCCCGAUAAAGCGGCCUUUCUAUCAGUAACCAGGAGCGCGAUUGUGAUUAAACUGUGAAUUCAUACGGUUAAACGUCUGAUAGAGAGUGAUUGUUUUAAAUUAAAACAGCAUGCCAACAGAACAUUUUGCGCAGGAAACUUGCGGAGCGAGUAUCAUUGAAGAAAGGAAGAAUAAAUUCACACGGAACGAAUAUUAUAGGUGUUAAAUCUAAUGAAAAAAAAUGAGCAAAAUAGUAAGUUUAAGUUUCAAUUGCGUUCCCUCUUUAUUUUUGUUGAGUAAGUUUGUUUAACUAGUGUAUCAAUUUCCGACAACUCUAAUUAAAUUCUAGUGUUUAGUAACAUUCGAAUUGAACCGAACAAGAGUGCGAACUUAGUCAGAGAGUAGUUGUAAAGAUUUCUUUUUUUUCCUUCUGUGAACGUUUAUCACCACAAUGUUUGAUUAUAGUUAUGGUUAGCGUAGGUUAUCUGGUAGUCGGAAAGUAGACAGAAUCGUACUCUAGGCCGAACAGACAGCUAGAUAGAUAGUUGCAAUAUCACAGUCCUAGGAGACAGUAAAAAAGACACAAAUGUCAACAACCAAAUCUUGCUUUGAGAGCGUAUUGUACGAAGAGCCACACACAAACAACAGAGCAUUUACUAAAGAGAAUAUAACUAUACAUGUUUUAUACAAAAAAAAAU